GAAUUAUUAAGGGUAUUCACGUAAAUGUGUUACUGCACAGCAAGGCAAAGCAAAGCGCACACGUUAUACACUACGUGGUGAAAUGCUGUCGGGCUCCAGUAUUAGGAGAAAUGUGGUAGUGAUGUAUACGGUAUGAACGAUGUGGCCUGCAGAGUACUAGCACUGCCUCUGCUGCUGUUGCUUCUGCUGCUGUGAUUGAGGUGCUCUCACUGAACUGAAACUGCUGAGGAUUUGCUCACUGGGAUACCCAUUUCCAAGUCUUCGUUUGGAGGGAUCUACUGCCCACAGGCAGACACACACAGACCCCCUUGAAAAAAGAACUGACAACAAAAGGGGGAGCCUUUUUUCUGCAACAAGAGGAUGAGUUGGGGGCUGAUCAGGGAGCAGCAGUGGCUCAAGUGAGCAACAUGGUGGCUGCGAGUGGGAUCUAGUCUUCAUGGUUGGAAGGAAUUUUUCAUACAGGACAGAGCCUCUCAUGAUGUGUCUUCAUAUCUCUAACCAUUUUGUCACCCAUCUCUGAACCCCAACUGGUCCACAAUCCCAGUUCUGUACCUGGCACUAUUUUUAAGACCUCAAGAAAGACCUGCCCCUCACACAUGGUUGAUGGCCUGCGUGGAGAGUACUGAGAGUGGAGUGUGUGGAGUCUCUCUGUAGGGACCUGAGCACAGGGUGGAUUGUAUCUCAGGGGUGCUGCUCCCCACUUCUGCGUGGUUAGAGAAUCACAGUGCCUGGGUGUGACAUCGUCAUGAAUGAGAGAAGAAAGUAAUACAGUAUUGGAUGUGCCUGUUUGCUGCCACUGUUUAGAGAGAAAAUGAUGCAUUAUGGGGAAUCACUCAAAAGGAGUGAAUGAGAUGAGCUAUCUGGGUUAUAGUAUCUGAAGGGCUAAGUUAUUCUCUUGGAGAGCCAUUCUAAAUGAGCCUGACCGAGACACUGGAUCUGUGUGAAGAAGACUAAGGAUAUAAUAGGAUGUCAACUGAGACAGAACUUCCAGUGGCUGUUAAAACCAGCGCAAAGAGAGACUCCAAAAAGAAAGGUCAGGAUCGCAGUGAAGCCACUUUAAUAAAGAGGUUUAAAGGUGAUGGUGUCCGAUACAAAGCAAAACUGAUUGGGAUAGAUGAGGUUUCUGCAGCGCGAGGAGACAAGUUAUGCCAAGAUUCCAUGAUGAAACUCAAGGGAAUUGUUGCUGCGGCUCGUUCGAAAGGAGAACAUAAACAGAAAAUAUUUUUAACUGUCUCCUUUGGAGGAAUCAAAAUCUUUGAUGAAAAGACAGGACUACUACAGCACCAUCAUGCAGUUCAUGAAAUUUCGUACAUUGCAAAGGAUAUCACAGACCACCGAGCCUUUGGAUAUGUAUGUGGAAAGGAAGGAAAUCAUAGAUUUGUGGCAAUAAAAACAGCCCAGGCAGCUGAGCCUGUAAUUCUGGACUUGCGAGACCUGUUUCAACUCAUUUAUGAAUUGAAACAAAGGGAAGAAAUGGAAAAAAAGGCACAAAAGGACAAGCAGUGUGAACAAGCAGUAUACCAGACAAUUUUGGAAGAAGAUGUAGAAGAUCCUGUGUACCAGUACAUUGUGUUUGAGGCUGGACAUGAGCCAAUCCGUGAGCCUGAAACAGAAGAAAACAUAUAUCAGGUUCCGACGAGCCAAAAGAAGGAAGGUGUUUAUGACGUGCCAAAAAGUCAACCUGUAAGUCUGCAGAAUGGAAACUUAUUGCUGGACAUUGAGGAAAAUCUUGUUACAAUCACUCAGGCUGUUACCCAACUAGAGCUUUUUGGGGACAUGUCCACUCCUCCUGAUGUAACCUCUCCCCCAACUCCUGCAACUCCAGGUGAUGCCUUUAUCCCAUCUUCAUGCCAGUCACUUCCUGCUAUUGCAGACACAUUUGGUUCUGUACCUUUCAGCACUGCUGCUGUACCCUCAGGUUAUGUUGCAAUGGGAGCUGUCCUGCCCUCCUUCUGGGGACAGCAACCACUCGUUCAACAACAAUUGGCCAUGAGUGCUCAGCCUCCAGUUGCUCAGGUGAUGCAGGGAGGACAGCCAAUAGCAUGGGGCCAACCUGGUAUUUUUUCUCCUACUCAGCAACCAUGGCCAUCUGUAGCUGGUCAGUUCCAACCAACUGCCUUCAUGCCAACACAAACUGUUAUGCCUUUACAAGCAGCCAUGUUUCAAGGUACCAUUGCUCCCAUAGCUACUGUUCCACCCACAAGCGAUUCCACCAGAUCAAGUCCACAGACAGACAGGCCCAGGCAGAAAAUGGGAAAAGAAAUGUUCAAAGAUUUCCAGAUGGCUCAGCCUCCGCCAGUGCCAUCACGAAAACCAGACCAGCCUUCCCUCAGUUGUACCUCAGAGGCCUUCUCCAGCUAUUUUAACAAAGUCGGGAUGGCACAGGAUGCAGAUGAUUGUGAUGACUUUGACAUCUCUCAACUAAAUUUGACUCCUGUGACUUCUACAACGCCAUCUACAAAUUCACCUCCAACCCCUGCUCCCAGACAGAGUUCUCCAUCAAAAUCAUCAGUGUCUCAUACCAGUGACCCUACUGCAGAUGACCUCUUCGAAGAGGGGUUUGAAAGCCCAAGCAAAAGUGAAGAGCAGGAGGCUCCUGAUGGAUCUCAGGCCUCUUCCAACAGUGAUCCAUUUGGUGAGCCUACUGGUGAUACUAUAAGUCCACAGGUCGGUAGCUAGAUAGCACAGGUUGGGGAAACAGAACCUCUCUACGCCCAGAUCAACAGACCUAAGAAAUAGCAUUAUUACAGGCUUGUGGUGCUUCAAGACUCCAGUGAAAAUCUACAACCUGACAGGCCUUUUGGCUCUUAUGCUUGUUUUCAAUUGAUCGUGUCCGACAAAGGAUAGAGGAUUGCCCUACCAAACGUACCUGACCGUUUUUGGCAAUGAAUGGCAAAUUUCUAUGGCAGCACAAACAUAAAAACGAGCCCUGCUUACCAUGCCAAGCGUCUGAGUUCUGAGCACUCACAGUACGAAAUCUUACUCCUUGUUCUUCGUUUAAACUUUUGUCCUCUUCUUUACACCCCACCUGAACAAUGGGCAUUUGAAAUUGAA